AUGGAAGACCAACAAGACAGCAUCAUGAGCCAAGGCCUCUUCAUCGGCCUCCUGGAGAUGAUAUUUCCUGGCAUGACAUAUCUCCCCUAUUUCGCCGCCUUCGCCUUCCUAAUCAAAUAUGCUCUCGAAUCUUGGUCCGAAUCCAUCACCGCGCGCUUCAUCUCCACCGUCGAAAUUCACGCCCAGGAUGAAACGUACAACUAUCUUAUGAACUGGGUCUCCCGAAACAACAUAUCCCAGGAUAACUAUCGCCUCCAAGCUUCCGCUGCACUGAAUAACUCCUCUUUCACCUGGUCAGAUGAGCAGGAUGACAAGCCUGAUGUCGAUGAUGACGAGGAAAAUGAUCCUGUGGGCAGACAGAUCAAUGAGAUGAGGUCCAAAUCAUCGACAUCACUGAAUAAUGCUAAACCACUGUACUGGACGCCUGCUUUUGGUACUCAUUUCUUUAGGUAUGAGGGCCGCAUGUUGGCGUUUACCAGAUCGCUUGAGGGUACAAACUAUACGUCUACACCGCGGCAGCCUGAGAAACUGGCUAUAUCCUGCCUUGGCCGGGACGCCACUGUUCUCAAACGGCUGCUGUAUAACGCUCGUGUCGACUUUUCUGAGAAGCAAAAAGGAAAGACUGGUAUUUUCCGCGCGACCAAGCUCUACAGUGAAGAUGAGAUGUCUUGGACUCGAUGCAUGUCGAAAGCAACAAGACCUAUGUCUACAAUCGCCCUGGAUGAACAUCUCAAGAAUAAACUCAUCAAAGACCUCCGAAGAUAUCUAGAUCGCCAGACUAAGCAUUGGUAUGCAACUAGAGGCAUCCCGUAUCGUCGUGGCUAUCUCUUUUCUGGUCCUCCCGGUACUGGUAAAACGAGUCUGACCCUCGCGGCAGCUGGUCUUAUGGGUCUGGAUAUCUACAUGGUCAACCUGAAUUCCCCGCGUAUAAACGAGGAUAGUCUUGCAUCUCUCUUCCAAAAGCUGCCAUAUACCUGCAUGGUCUUACUGGAGGACAUUGACGCUACAGGAUUAGCUCAGAGACGUGGUGCAGAUACAGCGACUAUGGGGUCGCGAGGACGAAAGAAGAAGAGUGCAGAACGUCUCUCACUUUCCGGUCUACUAAACAUAAUCGACGGUGCAGCUGCUCAAGAAGGACGCGUUCUCGUCAUGACUUCAAAUCACACCGAAAACAUUGAUCCAGCUCUUAUCCGACCAGGCAGAAUCGAUUUUACCAUCAACUUCCAGCUCGCUACAUCAGAAGCAGCCGAAGCGCUCUUCACUCAAAUGUUCGACGCCCCAGACGUGGACCAUGAGUCGGAAAAGAAGGCAGUGAAGUCUCUGCAGGAGCAGGCGAGGGAGUUUAAGGCAAAGAUUCCAAAUCUUUCUCUUAGUCCCGCAGCUAUUCAGGGGUUCUUACUCACGCAUCAGGAAGACCCCGAUGGUGCCCUUGCUGCUGUUGAUGAGUGGGUACAAGAUGCUCUGAAGCAGAAGGAUGUUGUAGUUGAAGAAGCCCCCGAAUCUGAAAAGGAAUUCACAGACUCUGAAGAGGAUGAGGAUAGUGAUGGGGGCUCUGAUACUUCAUAUCGCAAAUGA